UUGGGUUUUGGCCGUCUUCCUUCCGCACCAAAAAGUUUUUGCUUUUUGUUUCUUCAACUCUCCGAGGGCUCUCCGCCGCGGCUGAGCCAGCGUGAAUCUGUUUUUUGGUUUUGAUGGGUUGAGGUUGGGGAUAUCAUUUCAUCGAAACAGCCCCAUUUUUUUUUUUGCAGAGGCAGAGCUGCAGAGGCAGAGGCAUUGAUAGGGGCAGAGAUAGAGAGUUUCUGAUAACAAAAUCCAAAUGCUUAACUGUGGAGCAGCAGCCCCAGUCACAGUCUCGGUCUCAUUCAGUCGUGUUCCUCAUUUACCUCAACCUCAAAUUUCCAGUGCUUCUCUUUCUUCACACCACCCAUCGAACCCCGGCGGUGGCGGUGACCCAGAAGAGGCUAAGCUGACUCUUCCGCGUUAUAAGUGGCGCUUGCUCAUAGCUUAUGACGGUACCCAGUAUUCAGGAUGGCAAUAUCAGCAGUCACCACCAACCAUACAGUGCAUUGUGGAAAGUGCUUUAACUCGAGCAACAAAGCUUGGUCGGAAGGAUCUCAGUUUAGUUGGUGCGAGUAGAACAGACGCAGGAGUUCAUGCCUGGGGUCAGGUGGCGCACUUUGUUACACCUUUCAACUAUGACAGCUUAAACAGCAUUCAUGCAGCACUAAAUGGUCUUCUACCUUCUGACAUCCGAGUUAGAGAGAUUAGCCCAGCAAUCCCUGAAUUCCAUGCUCGUUAUUCAGCAAAAAGUAAGGUUUACUGCUACAAGGUAUAUAAUGACACCAUUAUGGACCCUUUUCAGCGUCACCAUGCAUAUCAUAAUCUUUACAAACUCAAUACUAUUGUUAUGAGGGAAGCAGCAAAGCAUUUUGUAGGGAAGCAUGACUUCUCUGCCUUUGUCAACACAACACGCAAUGACCGAUUGCGAGACCCAGUGAAGAAUAUUUUCCAUUUUGAGGUCAUUGAAUUGGGAGCUCUUCUGCAGCUUGAAGUUGAAGGCUCGGGUUUCCUAUAUAGACAAGUACGGAACAUGGUAAACAAUCUCCUCUCUUUCCCUCAAGAAUUGUUGAGGUUGCUUUGUUGCUUCAAAUUGGAAGGGAAGCAAUCCCUCCUGACAUCGUCCCCAAGAUCCUUGCAACUCGAGACCGGAAAGAACUUGCUAAAUAUGCUUUGUCUGUUCCACCUCAAGGACUCUGUCUUACAGCUGUCAAGUAUAGAGAAGAGCACUUACAGCUUCCCACAGGUUGCCCUACAACCAGUUUUGGAUUAUUGGAAUAAACAAAAAGUGUUGGCAUCAGGAAUCCUCAAAUGUUGCUGGGGGCUCAAGAAACAUUUCUGAAGUUGCAAAAGACCAUUUGUAAAAGUGACGUUUGACACAUGACAACAAGGCUAAGUUUUCUAGUCUCAUUAUGUGGAGUCGAUUACAUGAAUUUUUUCUUCUCAAUUAAUGUGACAGAGAUAAUGUUUUCAACAAAUGGAGGGUUGUAUCCAAGAAUCAAGAAAGAGUUGAAUA